AUGUUCCAGUACUCGCGGCUAUUUGGGACAGCACGGGUACCUACGCCCAAGGGCUGUGUAAUCGGUCAAGACUCCGCAUCAAGACAUCUUGUGGUGCUAUGUCGGGGUCAGUUCUACUGGUUUGAUGUUUUGGACGAGGACAACAACCACUUGAUGAGCGAGAAAGAUAUUUCGAUGAACCUCAGAGUGAUUAGUGACGACGCCGAACAGACACCGACCCAGGAGGCAGCCAAGGGGGCCGUGGGUGUCCUGAGUACUGAGAGUAGGAAAGUUUGGUCUAAGCUGAGGGACAUUUUGACCCAAGAUGGCAAUUCAAACAAUGCAGAGUGCCUGAAUAUUGUCGACACCGCAUUAUUUGUGCUCUGCCUUGAUUCUACUGAACCAUCCAACGUGGCAGAACUUUGCGGGAACAUGCUGUGCGGCACAAGCAAAAUUGUUCGAGGGGUGCAGAUUGGAACAUGCACGAACAGAUGGUACGACAAGCUUCAGAUCAUUGUUUGCAAGAACGGGAGCGCAGGAAUCAAUUUCGAACAUACUGGUGUGGAUGGGCAUACGGUUCUUCGUUUUGCCAGUGAUGUCUACACGGAUACAAUUCUUCGGUUUGCCAGGACCAUCAAUGGCCAGGCACCGAGUUUGUGGGCGUCAAGCAGUCCUCCGCCAUGCAAACGCGACACAACUGACAGGCUUGAUGACGCUAGCACAACGCCUCACAAGCUCGAAUGGGACAUGGGACCAGAGCUGAGCACGGCGUUACGGUUUGCAGAAUCUCAUCUAGCAGACUUAUUACGUCAACAUGAAUUUGAGACCCUGGAUUUCACAGGGUAUGGGAAGAAUUUUAUAACCAGCAUGGGUUUUUCUCCGGAUGCGUUUGUGCAAAUGGCGUUCCAGGCAGCAUAUUAUGGUUUAUACGGGCGUAUCGAAACGACGUAUGAGCCUGCGAUGACGAAGUUCUUCCUGCAUGGGAGAACAGAAGCGAUACGUACUGUCUCUGCUGAGUCAACAGAGUUCGUCAAGACGUUCUGGGGCGAUAAUCCUGCGGCAGAGAAGGUGAGGGCCCUCAAGCGGGCAUGCGAGAAGCAUGUAGAUACUACAAGGACAUGUUCAAAGGGACUGGGCCAGGACCGACACCUUUACGCACUCUACUGCCUGUGGCAGAGAUCCCUCGGUGAAGGCGCUGCAGUGUUAGUUUCGGACGGCGAAUCGUCUGCGGAGGCUGAUAUUGCGGAGGGAGCGCAGAGCAGCACGCGUGGUUCUCGCAACCGCCAGACGCCUACCACACCAGCGCUGUUUAGCGAUCCAGGAUGGGAUAGAAUUAGCAACACCAUCCUCUCGACGUCAAACUGUGGGAAUCCCGCGCUGCGUCACUUUGGAUUUGGACCGACUUCUGGUGAUGGAUUUGGAAUUGGGUAUAUCUUAAAGGAUGACACGAUAUCUAUCUGCGCAUCCUCUAAGCAUCGACAGACUAGCAGGUUUAUGGAUACGCUUGAUUCAUAUCUAGUCGAGAUUCGCAAACUGCUGCGAGCCACAAACCAGUCAAGGGCCAGGGGCAAGGCGGCUGUCUCUGACUCCGCCCACAAACAGACUGGAACAAAGUCCGAGCGAAAGGGACGAGUGAUCAGAACGGAAUCCCUGGGUGACAUGGAUGGUAUCGAGAGUGGUGACGACGAUGGGAUGGGCGGCUGUAUGUGCAGUUCCUCUCUCUCCUUCCUUUCUUUUUCCUCACUCUCUUUUUCUUUUUCUUUUUUUUUUUUUUUCCCCUCUUAUCGUCUUCUUUUUUUUUUUUAA